AUGGUUGAAGAAUUAUUUUAUCAAUGGGGAGGAAUCCCUCGGUUCGUCUUAGAGAAGGUUUAUGAUGAAUCUCAGCAAAAGUCGCUCCAAAAUGCAAUUGACACAUGCGAUGAAAGAUUAUUGAAUUAUAUUGGCGAAAGUGAUCAUGUAAGUGACAUGAGUUACAAGCUCCUUCAUAUAUAUACUAAUGCCCCUAUCGAAGAUAUCGAAGACGAAAACGUUGAAAGCGGUGAAGAUGUCGAAGACGAUGAGAAAAUUGAAGCGGCGGGCAUAGGCUGUGAAAAUGAUAAAAGUCCUUAUACGCAGACAAUUAUAAAAUAUGCGUCCUAUUAUGUUUCUGAACUGGUGACCAAGAAACUUCAAGAUGUCUUAAUGAACAAAUUACGUAACGAACUGAAUGCAAGCUUAUCAGAUGGCAUAAGUAAUCCACUUUUGGGCAGCACUUUUGAACAAUUUUCUCACCGGAUUCUACGAAAUGGAGGAAAUUUCAGGGUUCGUCUUUUAGAUCAUGCAUCCACUACAUCAACUUCCUUUUACAUUCAAAUGCCUAGACAGGAUGAGAAGCUUAUGUUUUCUACAAUCGAUGCUAUCGAAAACAACAAGUAUUAUCAACCAUUGAAUCAAAAUUUUGAGUCGAUAGAUGCAAUUGUUGCACCUGAUAAACUUUUUCAAAUAACUAUUGCUAAGAAUCAUCCCAUUAAGUUAAAUGGUUUGAAAAAACUUAUCGACAAAUUAGGUGGCAAGUCGGGGAUUGGUGACAUUUACUUUUAUUUUGUCCUACCAAAGAAUUUGUACAUGAAUUACCGAACACAACCCUUUCAUACCUCCAAAAAAACUGUUGUCAAGGCUAAACCACAUUGGAUAAAAGAUCGAGUCAAGCAGUAUGCUUUGGAAAUUGAUUUAAGCUCAUACGCAAAAAUUACAGUAUAA